AUGGCUGCCAAGGCGGAGUUGAUAUCAAAUUCAGUCCAAGAAAUGGCUAUCAAAGGGAAAGAACCACCAGUGAAGUAUUUCUAUAAAGGAAAUGAUGGUGGAGUCCUUGAUGCUUCUGUUCCGUUAAUUGAGGUUCCAGUUGUUGAUCUUGGUCUUCUUACAUCUGAAUCAACCAGUGCACAGGAACUUGAGAAGCUUAAAUUGGCUCUCGGCUCAUGGGGCUGCUUUCAGGUAAUAAAUCAUGGCAUGACAAGUUCCUUUUUAGACAAAAUACGUGGAGUUAGCAAGCAGUUCUUUGCAUUUCCGAUGGAAGAGAAGCAGAAAUACUCCAGAGAAGCUGACAGCAUUGAAGGUUAUGGAAAUGACAUGAUUAUUUCGGAGCGCCAAACAAUUGACUGGACUGAUCGACUGUAUCUUACUAUUAGCCCAGACGACCAGAGAAAGCUCAAGUUUUGGCCAGAAAAUCCUAAAGAGUUUAGGGAAACCCUACAUGAAUACACCUGGAAGUUACAAGAGAUAAAUGAAAUUCUCCUUAGAGCCAUGGCAAGGUCGUUGAACUUGGAGGAAAGCUGCUUUUUAGAUCAGUAUGGAGAGCAACCACUUGUGACUGCAAGGUUUAACUUCUAUCCUCCAUGUCCACCGCCUGAUCGAAUUCUUGGUGUUAAGCCACACGCAGAUGCAUCUGCAAUUACCUACCUCCUGCAAGACAAAGAAGUAGAAGGUCUUCAAUUCCUGAAAGACAACGAGUGGUUUAGAGUUCCCAUCAUUCAACAUGCUCUUCUAAUCAAUGUUGGAGAUCAAGUUGAGAUAAUGAGCAAUGGAAUAUUCAAAAGCCCAGUACACAGAGUAGUGACAAACAGAGAAAGGGAGAGGAACACUCUGGCUGUGUUCUGCAUUCCUGAGUCAGAUAAAGAGAUCAAACCAGCAGAUGGGCUGAUCAGCGAAAUUACGCCGAGUUUAUACAAGAAGGUGAAAGAUUAUGUUAGCUCCUUCACUACAGACACUUAUGUUUGGAUUGAGCAGGUUGUCACCUCUGAAUUGGAACUGCAGACAACUCCAUGUGUCUGCAUAAGCAUGGCUGAUAAUCUUUUUCCUACCAAAAUAGAAUCACAAUCAAAAUCUGUCCAAGAGUUGGUCAUGUACAGUGAAGAACCUCCUGAAAGAUAUUUCUAUGAAGAUGGUGUUAAUGGAGUCCUAGACAGUUCUCUUCCAGUGUUGGAGAUUCCAGUUAUUGAUAUAGUUCGCCUUGCAUCACCAUCAACCAGAGGAGAGGAAGUUGAAAAACUCCACUCAGCUCUCAGCUCAUGUGGCUGCUUUAUGUCAAUAAAUCAUGGAAUCACUGGUUCAUUCUUGGACCAAGUAUGUUCCAUUACAAAGCAGUUCUUUGCACUUCCAAUGGAAGAGAAGAUGAAGUGCUCCAGAGAAGUUGAUAGCUCAGAAGGUUAUGGAAAUGACAUGAUUCUUUCAGAAGAUCAAAUACUUGAUUGGACAGACCGAUUAUAUCUUAAAGUAAGCCCAGAAGACAAGCGAAAGUUCAUGCUUUGGCCCCAAAAACCUGAAACGUUCAGGGAAAUUUUGCAAGAAUAUACCACCAAGUUAAAGCUGAUAGUUGAAGUUGUUCUCAAAGCCAUGGCAAGGUCAUUAAAAUUGGAAGAUAACUGCUUUCUGGACAAGUAUGGAGAACGGGCAAUAAUGCUUGCAAGAUUCAACUUCUUUCCACCCUGUCCAAGGCCUGACCGAACUCUUGGCCUGAAACCACAUGCAGAUGGAUCAGCAAUCACCAUUGUCCUGCAAGAUAAAGAAGUAGAAGGUCUUCAAUUCCUUAAAGAUGAUCAAUGGUUUAGAGUUCCUAUUCUUCCCCAUGCUCUUCUUAUUAAUGUUGGUGAUCAAACAGAGAUAAUGAGCAAUGGAUUGUUCAAGAGCCCAGUUCACAGAGUGGUGACAAACUCAGAAAGGGAGAGGACUUCUGUGGCUGUGUUCUGUCUUCCAGACCCAGACAACGACAUUGAACCAGUGGAUAGGCUGGUCAGUGAGACGAGACCGAGAUUAUACAAGAAGGUGCAAGAUUAUGAAGGCAUAUACUUUCAGUACUAUCAGAAAGGGAAGAGACCACUAGAAGCAGUAACUAACAAGGCUGAUGUGGAGAAGAAGAAGUUAACUAUGCAAUUAACUGCAGGUGCAGCAGAGAAGCUGAAGCUGCUGUAG